AUGAAUGUGACAUGUCUGAAGUGUAAAGAGUUGGCAUCUGAUAGUGUGUGUGGAAUGACCCUCAUUCUAAAAACUCUGCUAUUUGUUCAACUGCUGGCACAUGAUAUGGAAAAAGAAAAUCAAUCAAGGCAUCGAUCUCUUCUCGAUUUAUCGUGCCUAAAUUUGGAGCUGCUCUGGAAGUGUUACAAAAAGCUACAAGAUAUGCAAAGAGAGGAAUGCAUCUGUGCUCAGACUAUCCUGCUUCAGUUACUCCAGAGUUGCUUCAGUGUACUGACAACAGGAAAUCCUGCUCCUAAUAAUCCGAGCCAAGCCCAGUCUGCUCAGGAACUGUACACACACUUGUGUGAUGCUAUGGACAACAUGGACACGUCAACUCUGUAUUCUAAAGCCCUUAAAGAGGAAAUUACAAACACUUUACUGAACGGAGCUGCUAUUUUUUUUCCUGAUCGCAUGGCUAGACGUGAUCGCCUGUUCUCCUUAAUGAAGAGGAUCACAGAAGAGAAGCAACCACAGUCAGUUCUCAUUACCUUCCAAUCACUCUGUACUUAUUUCAGUGAACAAGAUCCAAGUGGACUUUUGUUUCUACCGGAUGCAGACAUUCCCCCUGAUUUUGAAAUCAGCCAAGUUCUCUCAGUCAUGGAGAAGCUUCUGGCAAUGGCCAUUAGAGAGUGUAAAAUGCUGGUUUUACGUGAUGCCCAAGGAGAAUGUGGCACAAUCCUCCAUUCAUUGUUUUGGGCAGUGCAAGGCAGUCUUCUAUCUUGGUGCUUUUGUCAGUUAAAGAGGGAAGAUGCCGUGUCCCAGCUAAUGGCAAGAGAAUUGGUGGUUAAAUAUAUUGACCUUUUCCUGUCAGAAACUAAAAAUGUUCUGGAGUAUCUGCUGAGUAAUUGUAGUGGGAAGGAGAUCACUGAAAAGUUGAGUGAUUCUGUAUUUGCCAUGGCAACACGUCAGCUGAUGACCUACAUGCUGGAGUUUUGUGCUCUUGAUAUUCCUCAUUGUUCAUUACUUCAGAGUUUCAGCAAAUUAACCAAGUUGUUGAAGAAACUAUGUGGUGAUCCCACAGAAAGUGCAAACAAGGUAGAAAUGGAAAGUUGGAACCAGGUGCAACAGCCCGUUGUUCUGCAGACCUGGAAUAUGGAAUCGCCACACAAUUAUGAAAAUAACUGUAGGGACACAACGGUUUUCCUUUGCCCAGGUGUAACAUACUUUGAGGUGGAAUUUGAUGACAAAUGUGAAACAGAAAAAAGGUAUGACUAUUUGGAGUUUACAGAUGCCAGAGGUGGUAAAGCACGGUAUGACCACAAAGUUGGUACAGAAAAGUGGCCAAAGGCAACUUGAUCCUGUAUUAUUUAGUUAACGUUAGUCAUUGCUUUUCAUUUUUGCAAAGACUUCCUUUUAGUUUUAGUAAUAUUUUGUACAUUCACUCUUUUUUUUCUGCAGAAAGUAACCUUUAAGGCUGGGCCACAACUUCAUUUGCAGCUACUUGUUGCACGUUUACUGGGUCGUCUAGCAUCAAGAUCUAUGGCCAUGAAAUCCACAUGUGAACUGGGACCUAUCGCUGAAAUACCAUCUGCAAAGGUCUCAUCCGUUGUAAGCUCUCCAUUGUGGAAACCUGUGUUCAGACACCAGAUGUACACAGAGUUUGGGCUCAAUAACAAAAAGUGGAUGUACAGAGACUAAGAACUCUCAUGCAGAUGACUGUCGUAACUUUCUCCUUGACUUUGCAAACUCAGAUCCUACCCAGGAUUACUGUGGCCCUAACUCUGAACUUCUCAAAGGACUGGUGCAAGCGAUUAAAAAAACAGCCGACAAAGAAUGAUAUAGUGGCUGGUUCUGCUGUGGAUCAAGCUGUGAACUGUACCUUUGCUGCUCUCAUAUACCUUACACCACAGUUAUUUGGAAAAUUACAAAAAUAUGUGCUAACAGGAGGAAAUCUCACUUUAUCUGAGGAGUUUUCUCAGGUUUAUGCUUUGGCCGAUGGCAUUAGAAUAUGGAUGCUUGAAAUGAAGCAGAAGUGCUUGCAUACAGGUGGAAAUGAUAAACUUGUGGUUGAUGGAGCAGAAAUGAAUCCAGACAUGCUGGCAAAGCAGUGUGUAGAGAAAUGUCUUCUGCUGCUGAGAUUUUUACCUACUUCAUCAAGACUGCCAUUAGAGAGCUGGAUUUCUACAGAUGACAAUGGAGUGUUGUACAAUCGUAGAAAGAGUUCCAUUGUAGAAGCAGAUUUUCAAGCUUCAAGUGCCUCGCCUGUUAAUGCCUCUCCUGAAGCUGCUCAUCCAAAUUUAAUGGCUAAAUGUCAAGUGCCUGAUUCUGACCCUCAGAAAAAGAAGGAAUCAGAACUCUUUAAGUAUGAGACACCAGUAGGGUCACAAACAAAAACAGCAGAAAAAGCCGAAGAGCCUUCCUCUCCUCCUCCUACCCCAACCCGUAAAGCCCCAUUUAGUCGAGCAAGACUAAGGCUGCUUUCAUUCCGCUCUAUGGAGGAGGCAAAGAUGCUGCCAACAGUGAAGGAAAAAUAUCCAAUUUUAAAAAGUAUCUUAGAUUUUGUAAAGGAUCCAGCAAUUUCCCAUGAAAGUGUUUUGCAGGUCCUGUCCUUAAGAAAAGCUCAGGCUGAAAGCAUUCUGAAAGUACUUCGGAUAAUUCAGGAGUGUCUGGACAUUCUGGGACAACCCAAUUUCUUUCAGCCUCCUUGUGUACUCUUCCUACUGGAGCUGCUGGCUUGCCAGAAUGACUUUACCAAUUACUUUGGUCACCUAGAAGGCUGCGGUGCUGAACUGCAUCAAGAAGUACGAGAAACAUACUACAGGCUUGUUGUGCUUUUAGUUAAUGCUGUGAAAACUUUCAACAACCUUAAUGACAGGUCACUUCUCCCAGCCUUAUCAUGUGUGCAGACUACCCUUCUUCACAUGCUGGACAUGAGCUGGGAACCCCAAGACCUUUCAUUCUUCCUCAGCAUUGACCUCCCAGAAUUACUUUUAUCAAUGUCUAAAGAAAACAUAAGUACCCAUGAUAGCAUUGUGAGUCAGUGGGAUGAAGAAGAUGAAAGGGCAGAUUACAGGCAGAAUCUUCUGUGGUUAGAGGCAUGCAAAGAUGGAACGUUUGAAGCUUGGUAUGAAAAGAUCAAUCAGGCAGAUCCAGAUGUAAAAAGAAAGAUGCAUUUGUUUAUUGCACGGUACUGUGACCUAUUGAAUGUGGAAAUUUCUUGUGAUGGUUGUGAUAAAAUUGCACCGUGGCAUCGCUACCGGUGUUUACAGUGUAAUGAUAUGGAUUUGUGUAAAACAUGCUUCUUGGGUGGAGUAAAGCCUGAGGGCCAUGAAGAUGACCAUGAAAUGGUCAACAUGGAAUAUGCAUGUGAUCAUUGCCAAGGACUUAUUAUUGGUCAUAGAAUCAACUGCAACAUUUGCAAUGACUUUGAUCUAUGUUACGGAUGUUAUGUGGCUAUGAGAUACCCUGAAAGCCAUUUGCCUAGCCAUAGUAUCACUAUCUACCCCAUGGUUACAAAUAAAAUCAGUGACAAGCAGAGGCUUAUUCAGCCCUACAUUCACAACUACUCAUGGCUGCUCUUCAGUGCACUGGCUCUCUAUUGCUCAGACUUGGCCACUGAAGGGGAAAUGGAUGGGGAGAAGUUUGAGUCAAAUAUAAUUUCCAGUGCUCAGAUUCUACAAGCAAACUGUACAGAUCUAGUAGCCAGCUGUCUCAUGAAGGCUCAGAAUGGAAAGGGUGUCCGAGUGUCUUCCUUACUGUCCUUGUUGACUAGCAAUGAUUCCAGUCCUAAAAGUGGAGCUUCCACGGUUACAUCUUCUAACAAUAAUAUUGUGGAGACUGAUGAUGAUUCUUCUUUAAAAAAGGAAGCUGGUUUUGUCACCGUAAAACCUACUGGAUUAGAAAAGAAGCAAAACUGUGCAGAAGAUGAGGAUGAAGACCGAGAAGGCCUUACAGAGGGAUAUUUAUUUGCUGGAGACUUGUCCAAGAAACAUAUUGUUGACAAAGUUACAACCCUAAGCCCUGACCAAUUGUUUGCUGAAUGCUCUCAGGAACGUAUAUUAGGACUGAUCGCAGCCAUGUUGCCUCCUUUAAAAUCAGAUGCAGUGAGUUCCAUUGCGAACUUGCAGCAAGUGCUACCACUGAUGUUUCAAGUAGUUAUCACCAAUGCUGGUCACUUAAAUGAAUCCUAUCAUUUAACAUUGGGCCUUCUGGGGCAGUUGAUCCUCAGAUUAAACCCAGCUGAGGUGGAUGAUGCUGUGAAAAAAGUCCUGUCUUCCAAGCACAUCUUGCAAACAGCAGAUGAUGGGAGCUCUGUGCCAGAUGGUUGGAUUACAACUCAGCUACUGUUCACUCUCGGAGCUCUGUGUCUAGACAGCAAAGUUGGUCUUGAUUGGGCCUGUACUAUGUCUGACAUCCUGCGGGAGUUAAAUAGUUCUCCAAAAUGGCAGAAAGUGAUGAAUGCUUUUACAGAUCACUGUAUGCAACAAUUGCCUCAUCAGUUGAAAAACACCAAUAUCUUCACUUUGUUAGUUUUGGUUGGAUUUCCUGAGGUACUGUGUAUGGGAACACGAUCUGUUUAUGUUGAUAAUGCCAAAGAACCUCAUGAUGUUGUCAUAUUAAAGCAUUUCACUGAGAAAAAUAGAGCUGUAGUUGUUGACCUUAAAACACGAAAGAGGAAGACUGUGAAAGACUACCAGCUGAUGCAAAGCAAGAAUAGCAAAAGCCAGGACCCAGAAGUAAAUCUUAAAAAAUAUCUCCAGCACUUUGGUUCUAUCACGAGUAACCUCCUGCAGCGGAAUUUGGACAACAGCUCUGCAGAUGCAGUUGAAGCUACUUGGGUUUUGUCGCUGGCACUUAAAGGAUUAUAUAAAACUCUAAAGAAUCAUGAUUUUGAAGAAAUUCAAACUGCCUUCAUUCAGUCUGGUCUGUUAAAAUUGUUGGUGAAGAAAUGUAGCAAAGGCACUGGUUUCAGUAAGACAUGGCUUCUUCGUGAUCUGGAGAUCUUAUCUAUAAUGCUGUAUUCAUCAAAGAAAGACACAAGCCAUAUUUCUGAAAAAAAUGAUUCACCUCCAGAGAAGCCAGAACAAGAUAAAAAUACAGAGCCACUUGCAGUUGAUGAUGUUCAGAAAAAGCCUAGUCCUUUAGAAGGCCUUGAUGAAGCAACAAAAACGUGUUUUAAGGCUUUUCAUGAAGCCCAUAAUGUACCUUUACACAUCCUUCGAGCAGUAUAUGAGAUGGAAAAGAAGAGUACAGAAUCUUUCCUUGAAGAUAUUCAGAAAAGAUUUGAUGGAAACACUGAUAUGAUUGAUGAAAAAGUUAAGAAGAUGGCACAGACAUGGCAGCCACUGAAGUCUGUAAAAUCUGAGGAACGGCUCUUAAAUGUGACAGACACUGACAUGAUCAUUCCUCCCUGCCUGAUGAAACCUGUUCAGUGUGAUAAAGCUACAGAGGAGUCCAAUCAUGUUAGUCAAAAACUUAUUGUAACAAAUGAGAGUGACCUUCAAGUUGCCUAUGCUAAGCAAAGACGAACAAAAAGCUCUAUACUACUCCGCAAGGAGCUUGAUUCUCGUAACAAAAUAGCAGCACGGGAUUACCUGUUCCAUGUGAAUGAGGCCACAGCUGUUGUGUAUGCCCGCCAUGUACUUGCUUCUUUGUUGGCUGAAUGGCCUGAUGGCGUUCCACUGAAAGAAGACAUCCUGGAAUUAAGUGGACCAGCACAUAUCACAUAUAUUUUAAAUAUGCUAAUGCAUCUGGAAGAAAAACAGUUGUGGGAAAAGAUUUUACAGAAGGUGUUGGGAGGCUGUAGUGGAAUUAUGCUUGGAACAGUAGCAGUUACUGCCUGUCAGUUUAUGGAGGAACCAGGAACAGCAGUACAAGUACUGGAAUCUAAACACCCUUACAACAACAACACAAUAUUUGAGGACAAAGUCCACAUCCCCGGUGCAAUUUACUUGUCAAUCAAAUUUGAUCCAAUGUGUAACACGGAGGAAGGCUGUGAUGAAUUGGUAAUCUCAAGCUCCUCUGAUUUUAAACAAGAUCUUCAUAGAUUUAGUGGGCUUCCUAAAAAGUGGAUAGACUUUGAACUUCCUGGCGAUACCUUAUUCUAUCGGUUUACAUCUGAUAUGAGCUUUACAGAGUGGGGUUACAAGUUUACUGUGGCUGCAGGACAUCGAGGACGAUUUCAGACAGGGUUUGAAAUUCUAAAGCAGAUGCUGUCUGAUCAGAGAGUUGUGCCUCACCUUCCGCUGCCCAGCAUAUGGGAAUGGCAGGUGGAUGUGGCUUGUCGGCAGACAGGCCACCAGCGAUUAAAGGCAAUCCACUUAUUACUAAAGCUGUUACAACUUGGUCCUGUAAGGGACUGUGAUUUCAAACUGCUGCGACCAUUGUGGCCAGUUUUCACAUCUAUGGAGAGUACUGCUCAUCAAGAUGCAGCCAGCUGUGGAGUCCUCCUCCCCAUACACAGAGCACUUACUGAAUUAUUCUUCAUUGCAGAGAACCGUGCAAAUGAGCUUGGGUGUUUGCAAGAUUUUCUCAUUAGUUUAACCACAGAUGAACAAAUCAGCGUUUACACAGAACAGGCACUGAAAAACAUUGUGGCUAUAAGCUUUGCCAUCAACUACCCAAACAAAUCGACGAGUGCAUGGACUGCCUGA